AUAUUUCGGAAGUUCUCUAAAAUUAAAAUUUAUCUGAAUAUUAAGAAAAUAUGUAGUAUUGAUAUCUAAAUUUCUUAGUGACAAAACAGAAAAACUAGUAAGGCGUAUUAGACGUAUUAGUCAAAAUACGUCAUAUCUCUAAUUUGUUGGGAACGCACACUUAUAUACUGAAGUUCAGUGCAGUGGUCAAAGUUGACGUCACAUAUUGAAGCUGCUAUCACUACGCUUACACAAUUUGGCCACCAGAUUACGAGCUUCAAGGUCAAAAACAGAAACGUCCAACCCUUCAAAAACGCACAACACCUACCAAAAAAAAAAACAAACUCCGGGAAGGUGCUAAGAUCUGUUUUUAGAUUGAAAGUUCCAUCUUUUGUGGGUGAAACUAUUCUUCGACUAGCAAAAACACCAAAUAACAAUAAACUUCGGAAAAGUUCAAAGAUCUGUUUCUGGAUUAAAAGGUUUAUCUUUUUGGGACUGAAAACUAUAUUUCGAUCAAGAAUAAACAAGAAUUUAUCAGGGCAAUUUAACAAAAACUACAAUGGCACGUGGACAUCAAAAAAAAUUAUCGCAGAUUCGUUUUCAGGAUAAACAGGAAAAACUGAAAAAGCAACAAGGACACCACGUCAAUGACCAAAAGAAGGCAGCACAGAAAGCUCUUGCAUACGUUUGCGUCGUUUGUAGGUCUCAGAUGCCUGAUCCAAAAACGUACAAACAGCAUUUUCAAAAUAAGCACCCCAAAUUCGAACUCCCACCAGAACUUAAAGAUGUUUGAGCUACAUAAAUCAAGUAUUGAAAUCUAAUUUUCUAAGUUAGUCUUUCAUGAAUUUCACCACCCACACUUAGAUGAGGUUAAAAUGAAGUACAUACAUAUAUUUUUGGUUUUUAAAA